AUGGCCGACACGAAUGAGGGACCGGUAUUCAGAGCAUCAAAACGAAGAAAGGUGUUUCGCAAGAGACGCGACGAUGAUGAGACAUCCGACGGCGACAUUGUGACACCAACAGUGGCGAACAAAAAGCAGCACCACGAGGCCGAAGCAGAAAGUAGAGAAGGCAGCGUAUUCCUGAGCCAUGUCAGACCACUGGGCUCAAGGAAGGGCGGCGUAGCUUUCUCGUCAAGCCGCAAUACCAACGACAGUGGCACCAAUAGCGUCAUGGACACGAAUGCACCGCCUACACCACUGAACGCCGUCGAGCAUGCACAAGCCCGCUUCGUUGCUCCUACAGGACACAUCGCCUCGGCAGACGACAAACAUAUGUGCGUCUCUCUCCUACUCCUCCUCCAACACCACAAGUUACAGAAAAGACUGACAGUCCAAGGANUGGCCUAUGUAGAUUCCAAACUGGCCCGCUUGACUCCAUCACAUGAAGCCGCAACACAACCAUUCACACCAACAGAAUCUACUUCGACUUCGAAUACAGCAGCACAGCAGCAUGAAAACCAAACCUCAGCCUCCCACGGCCACCUCCACCAAGUCGACAUCCCCAAACCCGCCCCAACAGCAGCCACAACCCGCCCUCAAAAGCCACCUCGCAAACCACACUGGCGCAACCGCCGCAACAGCGCAGACCUCGCCCGCGACGCAAUGGUCGACAAAAUCCUUGCCGAAUCCCAGCUGAACAUCUACGAACCCUCUGCCUCUACAACCCACUCCAAGGCCUCUGCCGACGACAGUCAAGACGCCGACGAACGCAUGGCCGAAGAAUUCAAGAGGAACUUUUACGCUGCGGCUGAAGAGAGGGCAGUCAGGAGAACUGCUGCGCCGCCUCCACCUACAUUUGGCGCCAACAAGCUGGAGAGUAUCAAGGGGCCCAAGUUGGGUGGCAGUAGGAGUCAGAGGGCUGCUAUGCAUGCGGCUGAAAAGGCGAAGACGGCGAAGAAGUAG